AUGUCCAUGUCAUUUCCCGUCGAAAUCUGUUACGAAUUCUCCAAGAACCUAGAAGGUUUGCUUGAUCCAACUAUUGAUACAACUAUUGUAGCGAUCAAGGAUGAAGAAGGUACUGUUGCGACAGAGGCAACAAGUGAACAAAGUGUAGCACAAAUCAUUGACCAAAAGGCGGCAACUCAAAUCCAAGCUGUUGCCAGAGGCAGGAUUGUGAGAAACAAAGCCAUGAAACAAAGCGAACAAAAGGCUGUAAUGGACACACGAACAAAAGCAGGGCAAACCAUCAUGAACGAGGAAGAAGAAGGCAAAGAAAGUAUUGAAGACAACAUCAGAAGCGUUCGAGAAUUGCUCAAGAAGAAGCAGGCCACUUGGGAACGCUGCCAAAAGGGUCGCAUCGGAGAGAAAGAUGGCAGCACCCAAACGUUUAUUCGAACUGGGUUCAUGACAGUCCACACAAAGACUGAAAACAGAAAGGUUCAAUUCACAAGCCGAGCUGAAAAAUCAGAGAAAUCCUACGAUAUGCAAGCAUUGGAGGUGCUUCCAGGCAAACUCGAGGGAAUCUUUGAAGUCCACUAUGAUGAAUUCGGUUUUGUGAACUACGAAGGCUUUCUAGAGAAGUCACUGUUGCUGCACGAGCGUGUGCUUCAACCGUUUCUGCUCAAGCUCAAAGGACAUCUCGAGCGCGUCAAUGUGCUUCUUGCAGAAAUUGAUGCUUGGCUAGCAGAACCACAGGCUGACUUGGCCUUUCUCAAGAAGAUUUUUGGGCUUGAUGAAAAAUUGACUAUUACUACUGAAACUACAACAUUGAAGGAAUGUGAACUUGAAGACGAUUUCCAAGUCAACGGUUCUUUCAACAUCCAAACCAGCAGAGAUCAAAAAAUGCUGGGGAAACUCCUUGUCUUUAUUUCGGAGUAG